GAGAUAGUUGGCGUGCCCGCAAUGGUCAGAGCAGAAGCAAAGCACCCAUGCCGAUUACCCGGCGCUCCCGAUUAAUUAGCAAUGACUUUAUAUAAGCGCACGGCGCGAGGUGGCGACACGGGGGGCGCCGGACGACAAAGUACUACUAGUACCACUCCCUCCCUGUCCGUCUGCUCGACCCGAUCAGCUCGCCACCAGCAAGCAACCGCUCUUUUUAGCCCCCACUCGCUCCACUCUCCCCACGAUCCCUCCCCCACUCCGGCCGGCCACGCACAGAGCGGAACGCUCCCCGACUCCGGCCAAGAGCUCCAGCCCCGAUCGUCGUCGUCCAUGGUGAGGUCCAACUCUAUCGACAGCUGCUACUCCUCCAUCCAGGACGUCACCUACAGCUGCGGCUACUGCGGCUACGCGCUGAACCUGAGCUCGGCGGCGCGGAACACGGCCGGCAUCGGCUCCAAGUACGGCAAGAAUAUAAGGAAGAAGGGCGUCGUCGCCUUCGUCGCCGUCGACGAGACGCGCUUCACGCAGGCCGACGAGGUCACCUGCGCGCCCCGCCUCCGCCCCUGGACCUGGCGCCUCUUCCGGCGGAGGUCGCGCCUGCUCUGCGGCAAGUGCGGCGGCCGCAUCGGCGCCGCCUACGAGGUCGACGAUGACGAGGACCCCGCCGGCCUGUCCGCGUGCGCCGGCUCGGACGACGACGGCGACGACCUGCGGACGAGCCCGGGCGACGAUAGCGGCGGCGUCGGCGCGUCCAGAAGGAGGAACUACCUGAUCAGGAUCGGCGCGCUGCAGCCCUCGACGGACGAUCCUCCUCCCGCUGAUCCCUUCUCUCUAUGAUAUGAUAUGAUAUGACACACUGUUGCUGAAUUUUGUUCCUUUGUUCAUAGUGGAGGACGACCCCAGGGUUUGAUGUGUGUAAGUUGAUCCUACUAUAGUUUUUGUGUCCUGGUAAUGGAGUGAGCCAUGGUUGCAAUUUUGAGCCACCUAGUAUUUGUCAAUGGCUUAAUUCUAGCUUUCUGUGUGGGCUUUUCUCUCUUGAUAUCUAAAUUGUGGAUUCUGUUUUGAUUAUCCACAGAUAAAUAUAUUUCAGUUUGUCACCACUAA